GUCCAUUGUCAAUCGUCUGAAAUAAGAGAAAUAACGCCAGAGAAAUAUUUCCGAUCGUUUCCGUCCGUUGGUCCGGUAUUCAAUUCUCGGCGCCGAGCCGGAAGACAUCACCGGCAUCUACGGUCUGGAGCUUGGCACAUUCGCCUUGGCAUAUAUGAAGGCGAUGGACACAGCUGACGGCUACUUCCAGCAGUUGAAAUCAAGUUUCCAAGUCAAACCCAUUGCCACAUUGAAGUAACACUUGCUCGGAAGCCUAUUUCAGUCCUUACUGCCCACCACAGAGACUGUUAUAUUCUGCAAAGAAAUACUUCCACCAUACAAUAGGCAAAAUGGGCAAUACAUUCUCAUAUCAAGAAAAGCAAUGCGAUCUAAAGCUCAACGCCGGAGCUGGUUCUCUACGUGGAAUUGAAUACGACCAGAAAGCCCGUCGCUUCGCCAACAUUCCCUACGCCAAAGCGCCGCUCGGUGCUCUAAGAUGGCGCAAACCACAACCUCUGGGACCCAACUUUACAUACAACUCGCCCGAUGGUUCUCCCUUCGACGGCACGGAGCUUGGUCAUGUCUGUCCUCAGCCCAACUAUGCAGAGGGUGUUAACAAAGAGGAAGCAGGCUUCGACUUUGGCGAAGACUGUUUGCGGUUGAACAUCUGGACACCUUCGCAGCCACCUGCUGAUGGGAAGAAAUAUCCCGUCAUCAUUUGGCUUCAUGGUGGUUGGUUCCAAAUCGGCGACCCUAGCCAUGAGAUGAGCAUGAACCCAGUGGAGUUUGUAAACCAGGUCAAAGCUGUCUUUGUCUCCGUGGGCUAUCGUCUUAACGUCUUUGGCUUUCUUACUGGCAAGGCGCUUCUGGAAGAGAAUGGUGGUUCCGGCGGAGCCAAUUUUGGACUUUGGGAUCAACGCCUUGCCAUGGAAUGGGUCUAUGAGAACAUCUCGGCUUUUGGUGGCGAUCCAGAAAACAUUAUGCUGGCCGGCCGCAGUGCUGGUGCAUAUGCGGUACAGACCCAAGUGCUCUAUGACUUCCGCGGCCAAAUGGAAGAGUCCAAGCGAGGACACUUCCAGCGCAUCAUCAUGUACUCCAACGCAAUUCCGGCGCAGCCCAAAAUGGUAGCAGACUGCGAGGAGCAGUUUGACGAGCUCUGUGACUUCUUUUCUAUCCCACGGGACACAUCGAAUGCGAGAACGUUGUCCUUACUACGCGAUAUACCAAGCAAGGACUUGGUAAAUGCGAUUAUGAAGCUAAGGAAUCAUACUUUCCGACCUGUUACCGAUGAUGAAUUUAUUCACGACGGUAUGAUAGCUUAUUUCAAAUCCGGCGGAUUUGCCGCCGAGUUUAAACGCCGAGGGCUACGCCUAUUCAUGAGCGAGAUGUUGAACGAGGAGUCUCUAUACGGCGCUACUAAUUCACCAGAGCCUAAUCUGGAAUCUCUAAAGCUUCAGAUCUCGAAUUACUAUGCGCCGGAUGUCACUGCAAGACUGUUGAAUUACUAUGACGUGCCAAAAUCAAAAGAUAAAGCGGAGUGGCGAUCAACAUUUGGCAAGAUUAUUGCCGAUGGCCAAGUACGAGCACCUUCCAGAUUCAUUGUCGAGAGCCUGGUGGCACAUGGCGUCAGUAUCAAUGAUAUUUGGCGAUACUUGAUUGCAUACCGCAUGAGCUUCAUAACGGAGCGAAUCGCCCCAAUGUCCUUUGGUGUGACUCAUGCUAUGGAUAAGCCGCUGUGGAAUUACUCCGUAUUUCUGAACCCAACAGCCGACGAGAAGGUGUUGAUGCUUGAGUUAAUCAAUGAGCUCUCGGCAUUUAUUCAUAAUGACCAAGGCCAUCGUUUUGGCACCCAGAGCAAAGACGAGGUCAAGAAAGUCACGUCGGAGGGAACAAUUGAGAUUACAAAGGACACUAGAUGGACUGAACUGUUGCACUUGGCUGACGUAUUCUCUGGAAUGUAAUGAUAGAACGAUUUCAUAGCGUAAGACAGCGCUAUUGUUUAAAUGUUGAAAGGCUUUUUUUAGAUUUAGGUAUCAAAACAUUCGCUUUUAUUGUUCCUCAUCUGGGAGGAUAUAUAUACAGUAUUUCAUCAUCAAUAUCGGCUGGUCUUCUAUUCGUCUUCCUCGUCAGAUCCCUCUCCCUGUGUUUCUUGGCGGACAACAUCCUCGGCGAGAUCCGUUCGCCUUGUCCCAGAUUGCCUUCUACCUCGUUGAUAUGCUUCGGUCAUGGUAACUGCCCGUUCACCCACGUAUCGAUUACCCGCCCAAUCCGUAGAGCAUUUGGGGCAGUUCUUUGACCGUCGCAUUCUCCAAAAGGCAUCCUGGCACAUGUCGUGCAAGCGUAGACAACACUCUGGCUCAGAGCACCGCAUGCCAACCGUUAAAAUCUCUUUGCAUGCCUCGCAAAACUUGAUGCGCUGCCACUCAUCUGUUGCCGCGUCGGAAUCGUUAAACAUGGCGACCAACCACGGCCGCAGUUCCAACAAGGCUCGUACACUCAGUGAAUAGAACCCCUCUGCGCUUUUUUCAACCCAACCUCCUUUUACGAGGCUGGCCAUUGUACUCUCGACUUCGCUAUGCUUCAGACCCUUGUCUGCCGCAGCCUGCGUCUGGGUCUCUGGGUCGACUUGUGUUUGUGUUAGGCUUUGUCGGCGAUCCGGCCGUGCAAGCUUGAUAGCCUGCAUAUCCGUGAUAGCCAUGACUUCCAUUCUGGGUGUGUUGUAUUUGUCAAACAUGGCUUCUAGAACACGCUUGAUGAAGGAUAGUUCGUCGGCGCCGUACGUGGUUGCCAGUUGAGUCUGGGGAUCGGACGCUGUAUUCACAAAUGCAUAUAUUCGUUUUUUGGUGACCUGGUCGACGCUAUUGCGAAUUUCAUAGUCGAAUAUCGAAGCUGCCUGGCCGGCUAUAUGUAUAUAUUCUUGGAAUAUGUCGUCUGUGAUCUGAUCUGGGCGAAUCUGCUCCUCGUCGUUGUCGACAUUCAAAAUCGCAGCGAGCAACGGUUGCGCGUCUUCGAACGUCAUAGCGCCACGGGCCAUAAAGGCCUGCAGGAAUGCCCGGUUUCUAUGAUUAUAUUGUUUCGCUAUUGAUUCCUCCAUUGGUGAUUUUGUAGUAUGAUAGAUAUAGGCGAAGUGAUGCUCGGAGGAAGUUGAAUGGAGGGGCAGGC